UUCACUCACUGAGUGCAUGUGGAUUGUUUGUCCUGAUCCAUGUGAGCAGGUCCUGAUUCCGAUGGAUAUUUCCUUGAAGUGUUUCAGUAUCAAUGGGUCAGUCAGUGAUCCCCCAAUGGUACCAAUGGACAUGGACCAAGAAGAGCUCAAUCUGAAGGAAGACCUUCUGUUUUACUUCAUGAAUCCCUGCGACAAAUACCGAGCUCGACGCCAGAUCCCGUGGAAACUCUCUCUGCAGAUUCUGAAGAUCAUUAUGGUGACUGCGCAGCUCGUCCUGUUUGGGCUCAGUAAUCAGCUGGUGGUCUCAUUUAAGGAGGAGAAUACUAUGGCCUUUAAACAUUUAUUUAUUAAGAGCUAUUCUGGAACCGAUGAAGAUGAUUACAGUCGCACCGUGUAUACGCAGACAGAGCUUACUAACAGCAUCUUUUUUGCUAUUGAUCAGUAUCGUCAGAUAAAGAAUAUUUCACUGGGAACCAUCGCUUACGAUACACAUGAAAAACACAAGGGAAUUAGAAUUUGCAAGCAUCACUACCGGCGGGGAUUGAUUCACCCUUCCAAUGAUACGUUUUACAUCGACCCCACUGAAGAAACUGAGUGUCUGCACAUCGAUCAGGAAUUACUGACCAGCAAACCAUAUCUCCAUGAAAUUCCUAUUAUGAACUCUUCGUUCUUUAAAUUCGAGUUUUACAGACUUGUUAAAAUAGAAAUUUCCUUUAAACUGAAGGGCAUCGACCUGCAGACGAUCAGAGUUCGCGAAUUGCCAGACUGCUACUUAUUUCACAACAAGAUAAUCUUUAAUAACCAGGCCCACAGCGGGAAAAUAAAGAUCUUCUUUGACAGCGACGCAGACAUCCAGGACUGCAGAGACUGGCGGAUUUCUGGAUCCGCACAGAAGAACUCUCACUAUGUUUUAGUGUUUGAUGGAUUUGUAAUCCUGACGUGUAUAACAUCUCUCAUUCUAUGCACACGAUCAAUAAUUCUUGCUGUAAAACUACAGAAAAGAUUUGAGCGUUUCUUUUUGGAAAGACGGAGUCGCCGUAUCUGUUCUUCAGAUCGGUUGGAGUUUAUAAAUGGGUGGUACAUUCUGGUUAUCAUAAGCGAUUUGAUGACCAUAAUUGGAUCAAUAAUGAAGAUGGAAAUCAAAGCCAAGAACCUGGCCUCGUAUGAUGUUUGCAGUCUCUUAUUGGGAACGUCAACCUUACUCGUCUGGGUUGGGGUGAUCCGAUACUUGGGAUAUUUCCAAAAGUAUAAUGUCCUGAUACUGACCAUGCAGGCGUCUGUACCCAAAGUGUUAAGAUUCUGCUGCUGCGCCGGGAUGAUCUAUCUCGGAUACACGUUCUGCGGAUGGAUUGUGCUGGGUCCUUACCAUGAAAAGUUUGAGGAUCUCAACACGGUGGCAGAAUGUCUUUUCUCGCUGGUGAAUGGCGAUGACAUGUUUGCAACGUUUGCGCAGAUUCAACAGAAGAGCUUAUUGGUUUGGUUAUUCAGCCGUCUCUAUCUAUAUUCGUUCAUCUCUCUCUUUAUGUACAUGGUUCUCAGCCUGUUCAUCGCACUCAUCACGGACUCCUAUGAAACCAUAAAGAAAUACCAGGAACAUGGUUUCCCAGCUACUGACCUCCAUGAAUUCAUGCGGGGAAGUGAUAUUAAGGACAAUGUGGAUAACUUUGGGAAAAAGCCAGAAAAAUCUGUUUCCUUCCUCAGCUGUUGCACCAGACCGUGUGGAGAUGAUGACCUGAUCCUGGCAAAGUGAGCCUCAUGCAGAGCGUGGUCUGGACCUGCUGGUUACAAGAUAUGGUCCAUAAAACAACGUUUAGUGUAUCCGGUGACUGAAUGCGUGAAUCUAGCUCAGGAGCCGCCUCUCGUCCCGUUAUUUCAGAGUUUACUUAAUUCGUGGCGCGGUUUUCCCAGGGACAUAAUCACACCGGAACGGUGCUGCUGUCUUAUCACGUAAAUCUGAUCUGCAACACUCCUACUUCAAUA